CCACCCUGUCACAGUUACAGAAUGGACUCUAGUGCCAGCCCCGUGGGGACUUCCAGUCCACAGCCUUCAAGGGCCAAUGGGAACAUCAACCUGGGGCCUUCAGCCAACCCAAAUGCCCGGCCCACUGACUUCGACUUCCUCAAAGUCAUUGGCAAAGGCAACUAUGGGAAGGUCCUCCUGGCCAAGCGCAAGUCCGACGGGAUGUUCUAUGCAGUGAAGGUGCUGCAGAAAAAGUUCAUCUUAAAGAAUAAAGAGCAGAACCACAUCAUGGCGGAACGCAAUGUGCUUCUGAAGAACGUGCGGCACCCCUUCCUCGUGGGCCUGCGCUACUCCUUCCAGACCCCCGAGAAGCUCUACUUUGUGCUGGACUAUGUCAAUGGAGGAGAGCUCUUCUUCCACCUGCAGCGGGAGCGCAGGUUCCUGGAGCCCCGGGCCCGGUUCUACGCCGCCGAGGUGGCCAGUGCCAUUGGCUACCUGCACUCCCUCAACAUCAUCUACAGGGACCUGAAACCAGAGAACAUUCUCUUGGACUGCCAGGGACACGUGGUCCUGACAGAUUUUGGCCUCUGCAAGGAAGGCGUAGAGCCGGAGGAGACCACGUCCACAUUCUGUGGCACCCCCGAGUACUUGGCUCCAGAAGUGCUUCGCAAAGAGCCUUAUGAUCGGGCGGUGGACUGGUGGUGUCUGGGCGCGGUCCUCUACGAGAUGCUGCAUGGCCUGCCACCCUUCUACAGCCGAGACAUAUCCCAGAUGUAUGAGAACAUUCUGCACCAGCCACUACAGAUCCCCGUGGGCCGGACGGUGGCUGCCUGUGACGUCCUACAAGCCCUUCUCCACAAGGACCAGAGGCAGCGGCUGGGCUCCAAGGCUGACUUUACUGAGAUCAAGAACCACGUAUUCUUCAGCCCCAUAAACUGGGAUGACUUGUACCACAAGAGGCUGACCCCACCCUUCAACCCCAAUGUGGCAGGACCUGCUGACUUGAAACACUUUGACCCAGAGUUCACCCAGGAAGCCGUGUCCAAGUCCAUUGGCUGCACUCCCGACACUGUGGCCAGCAGCUCGGGGGCCUCAAGUGCAUUCCUGGGAUUUUCCUAUGUGCCGGAGGAUGAUGCCGUCUUGGAUUGCUAGGAGACAAGUACCUGUAAACCACUCAAGACAGCUGGUACCUGGCAGUCCCCCUGCCCCAGGAACUAUAGGGGAUGAAGCAGAAGACCAUGGAAAACACACCAAUGACACUGGCACUGGAGACCAAAGCUGGGUCAGCAAGAGCUGCUGUCACCCUUCGGCCUGCACUGAGAAUUCUGAAACACUCUGAUUUGAUUUCUAUCUUAAUAGUGUCUGUUAACUGACAAACGUGGAACAUGAGGGAGGGGCCCAAAUUCCCCCAACUCCCCAAAGCAAAAUUCAAGAUUGUAAUUGUCUGAAAUGUGCUAGUUCUGCCCAAAGUACACAAUCUGCUAUGGAUUAGGAAACCCAUAAUGACUCUCUGUUCUAAGACUUUAAGAUCAUAGAAAUUUCAGAAUGGAAAAUAAAAAU